AUGGGAACGGGAUACCCUGGAACCAUCGUCUCCAUGGGAACGGGAUACCCUGGAACCAUCGUCUCCAUGGGAACGGGAUACCCUGGAACCAUCGUCUCCAUGGGAACGGGAUACCCUGGAACCAUCGUCUCCAUGGGAGCGGGAUACCUUGGAACCAUCGUCUCCAUAGGCUACCCUGGAACCAUCGUCUCCAUGGGAACGGGAUACCCUGGAACCAUCGUCUCCAUGGGAACGGGAGGUGAGGGGGGAGAGAGUUCCAGAGGUGAGGGAGAGAGAGUUCCGGAGGUGAGGGGGGAGAGAGUUCCAGAGGUGAGGGGGGAGAGAGUUCCAGAGGUGAGGGGGGAGAGAGUUCCAGAGGUGAGGAAGGAGAGAGUUCCAGAGGUGAGGGGUGAGAGAGUUCCAGAGGUGAGGGAGGAGAGAGUUCCAGAGGUGAGGGGGGAGAGAGUUCCAGAGGUGAGGGAGGAGAGAGUUCCAGAGGUGAGGGGUGAGAGAGUUCCAGAGGUGAGGGGUGAGAGAGUUCCAGAGGUGAGGGGUGAGAGAGUUCCAGAGGUGAGGGAGUUCCAGAGAGGUGAGGGGGAGGGAGUUCCAGAGGUGAGGGGGAGAAAGGAGGGAGAGGUGAGAGAGAAGAGGGACAGGAGAGGGAAGGGGGAAGAGGGGAGAGAGAGGGGGAAGAAAAGACAGGAGAGUGGGGGGUGGUUGGAGAUGGGGGGCGAUAAGAGAAGACUGUAG